AUGGAGGGUGGUGGUGGUGGUGGUUCAAGUACCACUUCAUGUAUGAUGGCUUUUGGAGACAACAGUAAUGGACUGUGUCCUAUGAUGAUGAUGAUGCCUCUCAUGUCUUCUUCAUCUUCUGCUCAUCAUCAUCAUCAUCAUCAUCAAGUUAAUGCGGGAGAUUCAUCAAUAUCAAAUACCUUAUUCCUUCCUCUACCUCCUGCCAACAAUCAAGGCCAAAAUCGUAUUAAUAGUAGUGCUAGUGGCUCUUCUUCUAUGAUUCUUGACGAUCACAACCACAACAACAACACUGUCACUGCUACUGGGUGUUAUUUCAUGGAGAACAAUGAUGGUAGUAGUAGUUCUACUUCUGUUAAGGCUAAAAUUAUGGCUCAUCCUCACUACCAUCGUCUCUUGGCUGCCUAUGCCAAUUGUCAAAAGGUUGGAGCACCACCUGAAGUGGUGGCCAGACUUGAGGAAGCUUGUGCAUCUGCUGCUUCUAUGGGCCCUGCUAACACAGGCUGCAUCGGUGAAGAUCCAGCCCUUGACCAAUUCAUGGAGGCUUACUGUGAGAUGCUGACCAAGUAUGAGCAAGAGCUCUCUAAACCCCUAAAGGAAGCCAUGCUUUUUCUUCAGAGGGUCGAGUGCCAAUUCAAAGCUCUUACUCUUUCCUCUCCAAAUUCUGUCGUUGUCCCCUUUAUAAAUGACAAGAGAGUAAGAUAUGCAUCUAGUAAAGGAUUUUUUGGUCUAUCUAGUUCUGCAUGGGCAGAUAGUGCAGGUCUAUAUGGAUUAAGAACUUGUGGUGAGGGCAAUGAUAGGAAUGGAUCAUCUGAAGAAGAGCUUGAUGUGAAUAACAACUUCAUAGAUCCUCAAGCAGAAGAUCAGGAAUUGAAAGGCCAGCUACUGCGCAGGUACAGUGGAUAUUUAGGUAGUCUCAAGCAGGAGUUCAUGAAAAAGAGAAAGAAAGGGAAGUUACCCAAAGAAGCGAGGCAACAGCUGCUGGAUUGGUGGAGCAGGCAUUACAAAUGGCCUUAUCCAUCGGAGUCACAGAAGCUUGCCCUUGCGGAAUCCACUGGUCUGGAUCAGAAGCAAAUAAACAACUGGUUCAUUAACCAAAGGAAACGACACUGGAAACCCUCAGAGGACAUGCAGUUUGUGGUGAUGGAUGCCGGCCAUCCGCAUUAUUACAUGGAUAAUGAGGAUCGACGGCUAUUACUUACCGGUCUCAUUUCAACAUUCAGGGUUCCAUCUCACGGUACUCUCCUUUCUAACCCCAAGGGAUCUUAA